ACGGAAAAACAGGUCUCCUAUAAAAGAAGAAUACGUCUCAAGUUCGUGAAAUACAGUUCCUUGUUAAAAUUAGAUUCCUCGAUAAUUCCCAAAACUCUCUUUCUUUCUAGUCGUCAAAUCUCCAAUUUUGUCACACAAUGAUUUGUGAGUGCACAAUUUCUCUCUCUCCAUAGAUACACACACAAAUAUAUAUAUAUAUAUAUAUAUAUAUAUAUAUAUAUAUAUAAGUUCACCACUCUUCGUUCUAUCUUAUCUAACCUCUUCUGUUAUGAUUUAUUCAAUCGCCAUUAAUCAGAUAUGAUGGAAACCCUAAUCAGUCGACAGCAUAUCCAACACUUCGUUUCUGCAUCUACUGUCUAACUUAAUCGAAGCUUAAGAUCGAAUUUCAUUAUAUAUACACCUAUAUCUAUAGUUAUAUUUAUUGUGUACUAUGGCGACUCAAAAGCCUCAAAGGUCUCCAGCGGAGAUCGAGGACGUCAUACUCCGUAAGAUAUUUCUUGUAUCGCUCAUUGAUUCGAUGGAGAAUGAUUCUCGAAUUGUGUAUUUGGAGAUGACAGCAGCCGAAGUUCUCAGCGAGGGCAAAGAGCUGAGACUGUCUAGGGAUUUGAUGGAAAGGGUUUUAAUUGAUCGGCUUUCGGGUAACUACCCAUCGGCUGAACCUCCGUUUUCGUAUUUAACCGGGUCUUAUCGUCGCGCACACGACGAGGGGAAGAAGAUUACUUCGAUAAAGGAUAAAGCUUUGAGGUCUGAAAUGGAAUCAGUUGUUAAGCAAGCCAAGAAAUUGGCUGUCUCGUAUUGUAGGAUUCAUUUGGGCAAUCCCGAUAUGUUUCCCAAUUGGGACACGAAUAAGUCGAAUGUGUCACCAUUGUUGCCGCUGAUUUUCUCUGAAGUUUCGAGCUCGCUUGAUGGAUUUGGAGGGAUUGGUAGUAGUGGAGGGAUUGGGAGCCCACCAGGAUUUUUGGAGGAGUUUUUUAGGGACGCGGAUUUUGAUAGUUUGGACCCCAUAUUGAAGCAACUGUACGAGGACUUGAGGGGUAGUGUGUUGAAAGUGUCCGCUCUUGGGAAUUUUCAACAGCCUUUAAGGGCUUUGCUGUUUUUAGUUAGCUUUCCAAUUGGUGCAAAGUCCCUAGUGAAUCACCCCUGGUGGAUUCCAAAGGGCAUGUACUUGAAUGGGCGCGUUAUAGAGAUGACAAGCAUAUUAGGUCCCUUCUUUCAUGUCAGCGCUCUGCCGGAUCAUACCAUUUUCAAGAGUCAGCCUGAUGUAGGCCAGCAGUGCUUCUCAGAAGCAUCAACUCGGCGUCCAGCUGAUUUGUUAUCUUCUUUCACAACAAUCAAAACUGUCAUGAAUAACUUAUAUGAUGGCCUGGCAGAAGUUCUUCUGUGUCUUCUUAAGAAUACAGACACUCGUGAGAGUGUCCUCGAGUAUCUUGCAGAGGUGAUCAACAGAAACACUUCAAGGGCUCAUAUGCAGGUUGAUCCAAUAUCUUGCGCAAGUUCAGGCAUGUUUGUUAAUCUCAGUGCUGUUAUGCUUCGGCUUUGCGAGCCAUUCUUAGAUGCCAAUCUAACAAAAAGGGACAAAAUUGAUCCUAAAUAUGUAUUCUACAGUACACGUUUGGAUUUAAGAGGAUUGACUGCUCUACAUGCAUCAUCUGAAGAAGUUACUGAAUGGCUAAAUAAAGAUAAUACUUUGGAAGCUGAUGGCCGUAAAGUUGGAGAAAAUCGGUUGCUACAAUCUCAAGGGGCUACCAGUUCUGGCAGUAAUGCUGGUGGACUCUCUCCCCUCCAAACUAACAAGCCAUUGUCAAGUUGUAGCAGAAAAACUAAAUAUCCAUUUAUUUGUGAAUGUUUCUUCAUGACUGCAAGGGUCCUCAAUUUGGGCAUAUUAAAAGCAUUUUCUGAUUUCAAGCAUCUUGUUCAGGACAUUUCGAGAUGUGAGGAUACUCUCUCCAGUUUGAAAACCAUGCAGGGGCAAGCGCCUUCUCAACAACUGGAGUUGGAUGUAGCUCGCCUCGAGAAAGAAAUUGAGCUAUAUUCGCAGGAAAAGCUCUGUUAUGAAGCACAGAUACUGAGGGAUGGAGGACUUGUUCAGAAUGCGCUGACUUUCUACCGGUUAAUGGUGGUUUGGUUGGUUGGCCUGGUUGAUGGUUUUAAGAUGCCUCUGCCAUCAACUUGCCCAAUGGAAUUCUCAUGCAUGCCUGAGCAUUUUUUGGAAGAUGCCAUGGAAUUGCUUAUUUUUGCUUCUCGGAUUCCUAAAGCUUUGGAUGGGGUUUUGCUGGAUGAUUUCAUGAACUUCAUCAUCAUGUUCAUGGCAAGUCCAGAGUUCAUCAGGAAUCCAUAUCUAAGAGCAAAAAUGGUGGAAGUCCUGAACUGCUGGAUGCCCCGUAGAAGUGGCUCAUCCGUUACAGCUACUCUAUUUGAAGGCCAUCAACUGUCGCUAGAGUAUCUUGUGAGGAACCUUCUGAAGCUUUAUGUUGACAUUGAGUUCACGGGUUCUCACACUCAGUUCUAUGACAAGUUUAACAUCCGCCAUAAUAUUGCCGAACUUCUAGAAUACCUAUGGCAGGUUCCUAGUCACCGCAAUGCGUGGAGACAGAUUGCCAAGGAAGAGGAAAAGGGUGUCUAUUUGAACUUCUUAAACUUCUUGGUCAAUGAUAGCAUUUAUCUUCUCGAUGAAAGUCUCAACAAAAUUCUUGAACUCAAAGAGCUGGAAGCUGAGAUGUCUAAUACUGUGGAAUGGGAGCGAAGACCGGCUCAAGAAAGGCAGGAGAGAACCCGACUUUUCCACUCCCAAGAGAACAUCAUUCGGAUUGAUAUGAAGUUGGCCAAUGAAGAUGUGACCAUGCUGGCAUUUACUUCAGAGCAGAUUACAGCUCCUUUCCUACUUCCAGAGAUGGUUGAAAGAGUGGCCAGCAUGCUCAAUUACUUUUUGUUGCAACUUGUGGGCCCCCAAAGGAAAUCUCUUAGUCUAAAAGAGCCUGAAAAGUAUGAGUUCCGUCCAAAGCAGUUGCUUAAGCAGAUUGUCAAUAUAUAUGUUCACCUAGCAAGGGGUGACACGGACAAUAUUUUCCCUGCUGCCAUCACUAAGGAUGGUCGAUCGUACAAUGAGCAGUUGUUUACUGCUGCAGCAGAUGUUCUCCGUAGAAUUGGUGAAGAUGGAAGAAUUAUUCACGAGUUCAUUGAGCUUGGUGCAAAAGCCAAGGUCGCAGCUUCUGAGGCUAUGGACGCUGAAGCUGUUCUUGGAGAGAUACCGGAUGAAUUCCUUGACCCAAUUCAGUACACUUUAAUGAAGGAUCCGGUUAUAUUACCUUCUUCAAGAAUCACAGUAGAUCGUCCUGUCAUUCAAAGGCAUCUUCUAAGUGAUAAUACUGAUCCAUUCAAUCGUUCCCAUCUUACUUCGGACAUGCUGAUUCCCGACAUUGAGCUGAAAGCAAAAAUUGAAGAGUUCAUUAGAUCUCAACAAUUGAAGAAACACGGAGAAAGCCUGAGUAUGCAUAGCACCAAGGCCACCUUACAAACCACAACCGAUGGAAUGACUUUAAUUGAUUAGGAAAUGGUUGUAGAAUUCCUAAUAUUUUGUAAAUGGGAAUUGAAGUCUUUAUUUUGUGUUCAGUGGAUAGAACCCUCUCUUAUUAUUAUUAUUAUUACGGAGUAUUAUUAUUAUACUUAAAGUGGAUUGUAAGUGCUGGAGUGCUCAUAUUAUUUACUAACAAUAUGUUUAACCUUA